GUCACAUGCUCCUGGAAUUCUAAAAUUUUAAAUAAUUGGGGUCUGGGGACCUCACUGCAGCAAGCUAAUCGGUUCCAAGAUUCAUUUGGGAGUCUCUGGAUCAAGGCCAUUAAUGUGCAAAUGGCACCAGGAGGCAGUUCGUGGUCAUGACAGCCAGGACCCCAAAGAGGCGGGGAGUCAGGAAGGAGCCGCCCAUCCCUGAUCCCUUAAGGCCUGGAGUUUUUAGUCACUGGUCCUGCGUACCUGGGUGUUUCGUUGAGUUUUGAAGGUUCAAGACUGCGGGAUUCAUUUGGGGCAGAGGAGGGACGAGGCCUGCUCCCAUCUGAGGCACCCCGGUAAAAUCAGCCUGACACAGGGGCCAGGGACAGAUGUCUCUGGACCAGGCGAGCCGCUCAGUUCCAAGAUUCAUUUGGGAGUCACUGGAUCAUGGCCGCUGAUGCUCUGAUUUCUUACCCCUGUGUCUUCACCGUGUUUGUCAUCGGCAACAGUGAGGACGGUGAGCCGGGCUGAGGAACUGACCCGGUAUGGCAGGUUCCCAGAGUUCUCAGCAGGAGAAAAGCGAUUUUCAAGCUGGUUUUGGCUGAUGAUGGGUAGAGUGGACACCAGUAGAAACCGAGUUUCCUCGGGAGGGUGAGGAUGGCAGUGGCCUUCGCUGUGCCCAGGUGGGGAACACAGGGGGGUCCAGAGAAGGGUAUAUCAGCCCAAGAAGGGAAGACUGGGAGGAGACUCCAGAGUGAACUUGCCGUCCUGAGUGUGGGUCUGUGGGGCAGGUGGCCUGGCCUGCGCCAGUGCUGCAUUGAGUCCCCAGCACCACGGACAGCCCCAACCACCUCCCCACCCCCACUCCCCCACUCCUGCCCAAAUCAGAAGCUGCUGGAGGAUGCAGGUGGCUCAAGGCUGGUGCCCCAGGUUGCAAGUCCAUCCCAGCAACACAUUGUCCCCCAAGCAUUGCCCAGGGGGCCAUCACACAUAAGGGCUGGAGCCAUAGUCCAGCAGGGGGGGCGUCUGCCUGGCACACGGCUGAUCUGGAUUCGCUCCCCGGCAUCCGUAUGGUCCCCCAAGCACCCCCAAGAGUGAUCCCUGAACGCAGAGCCAGGGGGCUAGAGGGGAUGCCGAGGGUCAAAGCUGGCUUGGCCACGUGCACAGCAGGCGCCCUACCCACUGUCCUGUCUCUCCGGCUUCAGCCUCUGCUCCCCUUUCCCCUCUCGUUUGUUUGGUUGGUUUUAGAGUGGCCCACCCAGUGAUGCUCAGGGGUUACUCCUGACUCAGCAUUCAGGAAUUACUCCUGGCAGAGUCAGGGGACAUAUGGGAUGCCAAGGGUAGAACACGGAUCGGUUGCUUACAAGGCCAGCGCCUACCUGCUGCACUGUCCCUCUGACCCCCAUGAAUAACCUUCUUCUUAAGAAGAAAAAGAUAGGACAGGGGCUGGAGCGAUAGCACAGCAGGUAGGGCAUUUGCCUUGCACGCGGCCAACCCGAAUUCGAUUCCCAGCAUCCCAUAUGGUCCCCUGAGCACCGCCAGGAGUAAUUCCUGAGUGCAGAGCCAGGAAUAACCCCUGUGCAAUGCCAGGUGUGACCCAAAAAGGCAAAAAAAUGAAGAAGAGCAAAAGCCAGACUGACACAGUUGUGCGGGGAUGGUCUCAGGGAACACUUUUCCCCAGGGCUCUCCCAGGCAGUGCUCAGAAAGCCUGGAGGCCUCUUGCAGUAACACUCGGUGAGGCCCAGUGGCUUGAGCAGGUGGAGCUGCUCGCCAGGGCUGGGCACACAUUUUGCACCCAGCCUAACCUCAGAGAACAUUUUAAGGACACCUCCACGCCAGACCCUGUGGGCUUGGGGAAAGUGUCUCAAAUAAUGCUCACCCAAGGAAGGUCUGUCACUGUCAUCCCAUUGCUCAUUGAUUUGCUCAAGCGGGCACCAGUAACGUCUCCAUUGUGAGACUUGUUGUUACUGUCUUUGGCGUGUCAAACACACCACGGGUAGCUUGUCGGUCUCUCCGAGAGGGGCGGAGGAAUCGAACCCAGGUCAGCUGCAUGCAAGGCGAACACCCUACCACUGAGCUAUCGCUCCAGCCCCCAAGGAAGGUACUUUUUAUUUAUUUUUGGUUUGGGGGUUGGGCCCGGCUGUCCUCGGGACUUAGUCCUGGCUCUGUGCUCAGGGGGUCCCUCCUGCCAGGGCUCGAGAGACCAUAUGAGAUGCCAGGGACCGAACCCGGGUCAGCCAGUGUAAGGCAAGCACCCUACCCGCUGCCCUGUCUCCAGCCCCGGAAGGUGCCUUGUCUGUGUUUUAGGUGGAGAAACAAGGCCGAGAGGGUAGCGUGCCCGGGCUGACUCGUAGGCCCUGUCUCAUGGCCCUCUGAUGCUGAGAAAGCCCGGCUACCGCCCCAGCGUCCUUGGCAAGACUCGUCAUGAAAAGUCACGGCUGGUUUUCCUGAAGGCAGGAGGAGUCCAGCAGAAUGAACCCAUCAGGUGUGGAGAGGUCGUCAGAGAAAGCCCGAUUUUCAGGGACAUCUUGGUCCCAGGGCCUGUGGAUCUGCGCUGUAGCCCACCCUUCCAAGCCAGACACAACCCCUCUGUUCCUGAGAAAUGAAGCGCCGGCUUGGCAGUGAGGCACCGUGGCCACAGGGUGGCAGCACCACUUCAGUGCUGAGGACGCUGGGACGCAGCCGAGGCCACUCGGGGGCUCUGCUCUCUGCUGAAGACGGGGUCUGUCCACAAAGUUCUCACGGGACCCCCAUUUUCUGGGGGCUGCAAAACCUGUCAGCUUCCUGGGGCUGGAGUGACAAGCACAGCGGGUAGGGCGUUUGCCUUGCACGCGGCCAACCCGGGUUCAAGGAAUUCCCAGCAUGCCAUAUGGUCCCCCAGCACCGCUGGGAGUAAUUCCCGAGUGCCUGAGCCAGGAGUGACCCAAAAAGAAAAAAAGAAAAAAAAAACAAAACAACUUAGAUUCCUUCCUGCAUCUCAUCAUCUCAUUUUCCAGGCCCAGGUCUCAGAGUAGCAAUUCGGUGUUUGGCCGAGAGCACAUGGGCAGGGCCGUGAGUGGGGGGAGGCCUUGCUGCAGCCCCCCAAGGGCUGUCCUGGGCCUGGUGGUCCCCUACCCCCUGCCCUGCCCACAGCCUUUCUCUUCUUUGACUCAGUAAAUUCAGAAAGAGAGGUGAGCAGUUGGGGCUCUCCAACCUGUUGAGGGAGUGGGGGCUUCUUGAGGGCCCCCCAGGGCCCGGCUCUGACAAAGCAGCUGCAAUUAAUGCCGUUCCCUGCGCUGCAGACAGGAUUUAUGCAUCUAAUAAAGUCUCUGACUCCGGGCUGAGGGGCUGGGGCUGGAGACUGCGCGCAGGAACCCCCCGGGGCACCCUGGGAGGGCUCUCAGGUGGCUCUUAAUGGAGUCGUGCAUCUCCGGUGCCUGCUCCAGACGCCCCCUCAGGCGGCCGUGCGGGCGGGGCCCGGGGACCACAGGUAUAAGAGGCGCGUGGCUGGGGGGAGGCAGGCGACAGGCAGCAUGGAUUCCAGGCGGGCGGCCGCACUGCUGCUGCUGCUGCUGACGGGCUGGGGCCCCGCCGGAGGCACUGAAGGCGCCCAGGAAGCCGGGAGCUGGGACGGAGACCAGAGCUUCCCCGAGGAAGACAGUGGCCCCCACCCGCUGCAGGAUGCCGAGACCCUGGGGCCCCUCUUGCAUUUCCUGCUCCAGGCCUUGAAGAGACCCAGCCGGACUCCAGCCUUCCUGUUUCAGCCCCAGAGGUUUGGCAGAACCUCCCGAGGCCCCUGGAGCCAGGAGCGGCUGAGCGUCCGAACGGGGGAGGGGCACAGCUCCCCGUUCUGGAGCCUGGUCGCCCCUCAGCGCUUCGGGAAGAAGUGACGUGUCAGCCGUCCACCUGUCCGCAUGCCAGGCUGCCGGCCCCGUGUCCCCUGCCCCGUCCG